AUGGCGCGCUACAAGGUGGACAUCGCCGCACUCAGCGAGACCCGAUUCUCCGAACAAGGCCAACUGGAGGAGGUGGGUGCCGGCUACACCUUUUUCUGGAGCGGUCGACCCAGGACAGAUCGACGGGACGCGGGUGUCGCCUUCGCCAUUCGAAACGACAUCGUGGGACGACUGCCCUGUUGGCCGCAGGGCAUCAACGAUCGCCUGAUGUGCCUCCGUCUGCCUCUCUGGGGAGGCAAAUUCGCCACCAUCAUCAGCGCCUACGCUCCGACGAUGACCGACCCCGACGCAGUCAGAAACAAAUUCUACGAGGACCUGCAUGCCCUUUUGGCGACUGUGUCGAAGGCGGACAAGUUGAUUGUCCUUGAUGACUUUAACGCCCGCGUCGGCACAGACAAUACUGCCUGGAGAAAAGUGCUGGGUCCCCACGGUCUCCGCGGCUCAACCGAGAAUGGUCUGCUGCUGCUCCGCACCUGUGUAGAACACCGCCUCAUCCUGACGAACACCUUCUUCUGUCUGCCGGAGCGAGAGAAGGCCACCUGGAGGCAUCCUCGGUCGCGCCAGUGA